UUAUUUUAUGAGUUUUGCUAAGAGAGACCACGUGAGAGACGUUGUGCUCAAACUGAAUAAAGUCGAUGAAUUGUUGGCAAAACUGAAUCAAAAAUUCCGAUACACUAGAGCCGUUUGGUACCAAUUAAUAAUAUUUUUCACCGGAUUCUUGAUGAUUGUAAUAAUUGGGUCCAUGCAAAUUUAUAACAUUCGAAUCGAAAAUUUUCCGCCCCUUUCCCUAUUUAUGUGGACUAUGUUUUUAUUUCCCUUGGCGAUUUUGUACGUUCUAAACAGUCAGUAUGGGUUUACAGCAAUACUGAUUUAUGAAAGAUUUAAAAUGGUUGGACAACAAUUGGAAAAAAUUAAACUCACGCUAAGGGAACAACACAUCAAAAAUUUGGCUUCUACUGUAUUAAAUGUAAAACCACCAAAAAAUAUAAACUCAGACAUUUCAAACAAUAUACUGACUUUAAUGGAAAUCCACGAGAUCUUAUGCAAGGCGGCAAACACAACAAACUCAAAUUACAACAUCCAAAUGUUACCAGCACUAACGCACCAAUUUUUCAUCAGCCUGUACUCUAUUUUUUAUUACUACUGGAUGCACUCCAGUAAACCAUUUUCCGCAAGUUGUUGGCUAGCCUGGGGUAUUUUUAAAUCGUACGAAAUUCUUCACGUCACAAUUACAUGUCAUUUGGCAAGCCAGCAGGCUAACAUUGUGGGCAGAAAAGUACACAAAGUUUUAAUAAGAACCCAGAAUGAUGAAAUUGAGGAAAAACUUUUAAUGUUUUCGAAACAGGUACAGCAUAGCAGUUUCAAAUUUACUUUGUGUGGGCUGUUCAAUAUUGACGCAGGAUUAUUAUUUAACAUGAUUGGUUCGUCAACUACAUUUAUUGUUAUAAUGAUUCAAUUUCAGGAAACGAUAACACCCACAAUUUGCGUUUCGAAUAAUAAAGCAAUGUUUUAAACGACAUAAUAACAAAGUAACACUUGUCACUUUGUGUGUAAGCAACUAGUUUAGCAAUGUUUUGAUUAAGUACAAAUGAUCACGUCUUGAAAAUAAACACAGCACUUUUUGUCUAAAUUUUUCAAAGAAGUUAGACUUCGAAAAGUUGGUUUAAAACCCUGUUCACAUCUCGAAAAUGAGUAAAAUGGAACCAUAUUUUUGCUUAUCUAUUGCUUCACACAAAAAUCAAAUUAUCAUUAAAUAAAAAAAUUAUAUGAAAAUAAUAUAAAAAAAUAUUUUCAUUUUUGGUCCCAAAAACUAAGAACUGCGUUAACUUAGAGGUUAUUUUUUAAUUUUGGCAAAUCAAUUGGCUUACAAUCUGGUAUCAGAUUAUAAAAGAAUUAUAAAACAAUAAACGAUUAGUUAUAAAAAUUUUAUCGUUUGAAAAUAUUAGUUUACUUAAACCAACGCCAUUUUACUUGUAGACGCCACAAAAAGAAAAAACAUUUAAUCAUCUCUGUUGUCACUAAAAUACUUUAGAAAUUUGUUUAAUUAACAGGAUUGUUCAAAAAACAGUUAAUUAAUAAAAUUUAAAAAAAUAAGCCUUGAGAAAACAUUAGUUACAAUCCCUAAGCUUCAUUACGUUAACAAAAGAAAAAAUGCUAAUAAAACAGUGCUAAUUAUGUGUCAUUUACUUACCUUUUUAAGGGGAGGUAAAACAAAUCUUUUCACAUUAUCUAAAUCAUCGCCAUUAACUUCGAAAUUGCUGUUAUUACUCUUGAUAAUAGUAUCUUGCUGCAAAUCAUAAAAAAUAAUCACAAUCAAACAAAUACGUUGUUUAAUAAAAUAAAUGUUAUUACUUAACGAUCAAUAUACAUUUACCCAAUAUGACUAAUGUUAAUAUUACUAUAAAUCACGCAAGUGUAAAUAAAAACUUACUCACAUCAAGAUUUUUAUCACCCCAAAUGCUUCAUUUACAAUAUUAAACACUCGAAAGUUGUGCAUAAAUCCCU